AUGCCGGCAAAACGUUUUGGAAUGUACAAAUUUGACUGCCUGACGCUGGGACCGAGGACUUCGGACAAGGUCUAUACAAUCUCUGGGGAGCAGUUACAACUCUCCAAGGUUGCGCACGGCCAUCCUCCACCACCUCCUCCCCCUCCAGCCCUAAAUCCUGCCACCACUUCUACGGAACGAUCGACCAUUGUAAAUGCCUCUGAUGAAGCUUCUGACGAAGAAGUUCGUGCCUCUGAUACAGGUUUGAAGCAAUUCGAGGGCUCUGAGGUUGGCUUGACCGAUGGAGAUAUCGGGCUUGAGCCAGACAACCGAUGGCACUCCUCUUCAAAUGUGUAUAUGCUUUUCUAUCAGCGUGAGGAUGUCUUUAGGUCAGAUUUCGCCUCGGAGGCUGUACCUAUUCCAGUUCACUUGAGGGAACUCGUAGAGUCUUCCAAUCUAUUGCAUGCCAAAGAAAAAAGCGAAGAACUCGAAGCCAAACGCCGUGAGAUUGCCUUAAAGCGUGAGCAAGCCCUCCGUUCAACCAGUAUCCUGCGUUCCCUUGUGGUUGAUCCAAGUUCUGCUGUUGCUACCGGCCCUACUAUCCCUAUUGAUUCCAUCUAUUCUAUUAGUGGUCCAUCCACUCUGAGCCAACUUUUGUUAGUGCCGACCGCCUGGCUAACUGAGUGGCUCCAUCGGCCUGAGCUUCCACCAUCACAACUACUCGGUUCUACCUCUGAAGCGCCUUAUUCCACCUCGGACUCUUCUUCCUGUUCACUUACUUCAGAUUUUACUGGAGCCCAUACAACAGUCUCAUCUGGAAGCCGUAAACAGCCAGACCGCAUAGCUCCCCGCCGAACUGAUCCUGAUUUACGAAUCUCGCCGCCUUCUCUUCAGCCCAUAACUCGACUUCGUAUUCUACCCUGCAAUUCAGCUGGUAGCCAGCUUGUCUGUCCACACGGUUGCAUCAGCAUCAACCUUGCGGCUGCAGCCGUCCGUGCUGUCUCUGCUAGUGGAAUAGUAUCUACUGCAUUCGAGGCCUUGUGUAUUGCACGAGACGAGAAAUCUUGUGCGGAAACGGUUACAAAUCUUGUAGAAAAGGCGGAUAGCUCUGAAGCCAGUCUCCCGGAGAAGUAA